AUGAAAAAAUUCACUAUUUGCUUAUUAGCUCUUGUAGCUUUUGCUUUGGCUCACCCAACUAAAUAUUAAGUUGAAAGAAAUAUCACUUGCUUUGAACCAACCCCUGCUCCUAUAAAAUCCUGGCACAUUCACAUUCUUUACUGGUAAAAUAGCCAAAAGAGUGUUGAAGGAGCUUUUAAAAUUCGUGACUAAUUCAUUAAAGACUUCGCCAACGUUCUUGGUGCUCCCUGCACUGACCUUUUCCACUAAGAUCACUUAUGUAUGUUUGAUCCUGAUAACGAACCUGCUGGUCCUUUCUUGACUGCUCAAUGGUCAGCAUUUGUCCCUCUUGAACAUUUCUAAGCUGUUACUCAAUGGUCUAUUUAAAAUAGAAAUGGAUAUGAUUUACUUAUUCACCCUAAUAGUGGUUGUGAAGUCGAAGAUCAUACUUGGUGGGCUAUGUGGAGUGGUACUCCUUGGUAACUCGACACUUCUAUCUUUUCUCAUGAUUAACCUUUCCCUUGGCCUGAAGAUAAGGAAUCUUUGAAAGCUCACUAAAAGUAAGCUGAAGAAGAAUCCCUCCUUAUUAAAUUAUUCAACAGAUACCAUCACAACAAUAACUGA